CCCCUCCCCCAGCUCCUGCGCGGGCCUGCGGCGCCUCGGACACCCGAUUUCACUCCGGGGCUGACAGCCUGCCGCCAGUAACUGCGGUUCUUGGGGACGAAGGAAAAGCAGUUCAACAGGACGCAGUGACGCCUGUCACUUACAGCGACUCAACUGUCACGGCGCGCUGCCUUCUUUAGGACGGAUGGGAUCUGCAGGAACGCACGAAGUUCCUGCCCGUGGCCCACGGAGCUGAGAGCUGCCGGCUCAGGGGAUCGGGUCCAAACCCCUUGGCCUGCUACGCAAGGGCCUUCAGAAGAUCCCUGUGGAGACACGCUUCUGCCGAACGCACCAGACGCGCCACUCGCGUGAGCCCAGUGUGCGUGGUCCCUGCCUGUCUGUGUCGUCCUCACCCAAGAGGGCUGACCGUGACCCCAUCGCGGAGGGGACUGUGUACUCAAGCCACGAUCGCUCUGCUGUGCUCUGCUCCUGGGUGCUUUGCGUUGACAGCAGGCGCAUCGUGUCCCUGGGAAGCUCUUCGUUGUUGUGGUCAACCUGCUGAAGAAAUGGAUUUGGAUCAGCUGGACCUGAAUCCCAGAAUUACUGCUGCAGCCAAGAAAGCCAAACUAAAGUCGAUAAAGGAGGUUUUGCAUUUUUCUGGACCAGACUUGCAGAGAGUAACUGGUCUCUCCAGCCUCGACGUGCAGCACUUGCUGCGAACGGCCUCCUUGCACCUGCGGGGAGGCUGCGUCUGCACAGCUCUGCACCUGCACCAGCAGAAGAAGAGGUUCCCCGCGCAGCACCAGCGCCUGAGCCUGGGCUGCCCCGUGCUGGACGGCCUCCUCCGCGGCGGCCUGCCCCUAGACGGCGUCACCGAGCUGGCCGGCCACAGCUCCGCCGGGAAGACCCAGCUGGCCCUGCAGCUCUGCCUGGCCGUGCAGCUUCCGCCACGACACGGAGGCCUAGAGGCCGGCUUGGGGCAGCCCCCAGUGAGCAGGGAGGCCGGGCUGACGCCCCCGUGCCCCCCAGGGGCCGUGUACAUCUGCACCGAAGAUGUCUUCCCGAACCUGCGUCUGCAGCAGCUCAUCGCUCAGCAGCGGCGCCUGCGGGCGGAUGUGCCAGGAGAGGUGAUCGCCAGGACCAGGUUCGGCAGCCAGAUCUUCAUCGAGCACGUGGCCGACGUGGACACCCUGCUGGAGUGUGUGAGCAAGAAGGUGCCUGUGCUGCUGUCUCGGGGGAUGGCCCGCCUGGUGGUCAUCGACUCUGUGGCGGCCCCAUUUCGCUGCGAGUUUGAUGGCCCAGCCUCAGUCCCCAGGGCCCAGCGUCUGCAGGCACUGGGGGCCGCCCUGCGCCGGCUCAGCAGCACGUUCCGGAGCCCCGUGCUGUGUAUCAACCAGGUGACAGAGGCCGUGGAGGAGCAGGGCGCAGCAGGCGGGCCACAGGGCCUCUGGGGGGAGAGGGUCUCUCCCGCCCUCGGAAUGACCUGGUCCAACCAGCUCUUAAUGCGGCUAAUGGCCAGCCGGUGCCGCCCUGAGGACGAGGCUGCCACCACCCCAAUCGGCCAUGCUGACCGCACCCUGCGGGUGAUCUUCGCCCCUCACCUGCCCCCCGCAUCCUGCUCCUACACAGUUGGCACGGAGGGGGUGCGAGGGAUUCCCGGGACUGAGGCCUAUUGACACGGUGGCUACGGGAUGGCUGGCUAGGCCCCAAAAACCCUGAAUCUGGCGGAGCCUUCCACUCUUCAGGCACAGGGGACUGCCGUCUUGACCCGCCUGGCGUGGCCUCCACCCAAGCUGGGCUGUGUCUGCCCUCAUGCCCCCACGGUCACAAUGGUGCUUGGCACAGCAGGCCCUGGGCCCUUUCCCUGUGGCCUUCUCUGCUGGGCUCUGUCCUAAGUGAUCCACACAUUGGAGUGUGUCUUCUUCACGGCCCCUGGGGAUGGGCAGUUACUGUCCUUGAUCUCUGGGAAACUGAGGCACAGAACAGUCAAGUGACUUGGCCGUCUGCCUGCAACUCCACGAGCCAGACGCUAACCCUCAGGCUGGUGCCAGGAGGGCAGGGACGUCUCUGACCCAAUACUAGGGUGGACACAGAGGUCCCUGUAACUGGACUGACCCGUUCCGUUUGGACAUUUUCUAGAGGAGAAAACUUCACUUCUGAUUUCCAUCCUAUUUUUAAAGCAGUCUGUGAUGCUCAGAAGGUCAAGGAUGGCUGGAGUAAGUGGGAGAACGUUUUCGGGUUGGAAUUUUAUAAAAGAGCCUUUUUGCAAGUGCAGGGACUUUGCAAAAGGAAAUAAACUAUUUUAUUUUUGUAGUUCAA